AAAUGUGGGAAGAGGGAGUCUGCUGGGAAAUAGAAACGCUCUCUGAAGGAGGUGUGACUCAGUCGUGGUUAGAGUAGCCGCUGGAAACUACUGGAGACGUGGAUGAACAUCCAGCAGAGCUCAUUCAUUACAGAACAGGAUCACCUGGAGGUUUCCUCAGAGAUUUAACAGUGGACCUGACCCUCUGGUUUGAAGAGAACUGGGCUGUUUGCACUGAUGGCGGAUGUCUUAACUUCAGUUAAGUCUUAACUUCCCAUUAGUGUGUCAGCACUAACACUGGAUGCCUGAUCAGCUGAUUGGAGAGCCAGAUAAUAAAGUGUUUUGUCCUCAAGAUGAGUGAAGCAGAUGAAGUUGUGUGUGAAGGCUGGCUGCGAAAAUCUCCACCAGAGAAGAAACUCCGGCGUUAUGCAUGGAAGAGGCGUUGGUUUGUGUUACGGAGCGGUCGGCUGAGCGGCGAGCCCGACGUCCUGCAGUACUACAAGAACCCGCAGUCCCGCCGACCAAUCAGGACCAUCAACCUGAACCUGUGCGAGCAGGUGGACGCUGGCCUCUCGUUCACAAAGAAGGAGCUGGAGAGCAGCUUUGUCUUUGACCUGAGGACCGAGGAGAGGAUCUGGUACCUGGUGGCAGAGUCUGAGGAGGACAUGAACCGCUGGGUGUCUUCCAUCUGUCUGCUCUGUGGCUUCAACCCAACAGACGAAGUUCCAGACAGACAAUCUGUGACUGGCUCAUCCUCCACAGGUGGCACCACAAGCAUCACCAUGGUAACAGGGUCAAUUCCUCCCCCGUAUGAUCCAGUGAGGGUUCGAAACUCGCAUCCUGAAGCCAACUCAGAAGACGACUACUUGUGGUUAUCACACUGCCAGAGUCAUAUCAGACCUCCUCUAGGUUCCUCCAUCUCUCUUGAAACCGACUACAAUGAUAGCCUCCACCCUCCUGCCUCAGCCACCUCCUCCUCCUCUUCCUCUUCGUCCUCCCCUUCCCUCCCUUCCAAUGGUAUCAUGCUCCCUUCUUCCUCCUGUUCCUCAUCCGGGUCCAGGACAGCCCCUUGGAAAGCCUCAGGCCCUUUCAGCCAGUCUCUGGAUAACAGCCUGACUCCUGACCAGAAAAGAGCGGAAAGACUUCGUUGUCAUCCAUCACCCCAUCCCAGAAAACACUCCCUGGAUAUCCACCUGAGGCCUGUGGCGAUACCUUUCUGUGAUGAUUUAACCAUGCAUCCAAAUACACACAGUGGUUACCAGAUCCCUCGGUCAGCAUCCACACCGCUGCCACGCCUCCCUCGCCGACCAUCUUCUACCCCCAGUGUGGACUCCUUAACGCAGGCGGAGCUCCAUACCUCUACCCCGACUCCUCCUCCACGGCCGCCAAAGCCUCCAAGCAUUGCAGCCCAGGUAGAUAGCUCAGCUGCUGGAACGCUCCCUAGAUCCAUCACAGAGUCAGAGAGGAGGGACGGAAAUGUUGACGGUGUCAGUAUACCAGGACGUACUCAGACAGACUCCUUCUACAUCCCUCGCUCCCUGUCUGACAGAGCCAGCAUGUUUGAGUUCAGCGAGAGCUUCAACAACUACUUUUUUAAUAAAGGUAUGGUACCUCUGAGUAGUGUCUGCUCUGAAGACGAUGAUGUGGAUGAAAACUACGUUCCCAUGAGUGCUGCUACUACUGAGCCUCCUGUUGCACCAAGAGUGCUUCCUCCUCCCCCUUCUGACUCCUCCCACCAGCCCCAGGACAGCAACUAUGUCCCCAUGACCCCCCUCACGCCUUCGCUACUCGUUCAUCCCACCCCUGCCACAGGUGACCAGGCAUCCUUAGGGAGGCAGGUUCCCCCUCCCGCCCACAUGGGCUUCCGUAACUCCCCCCUGACUCCCCUCGCUCCCCUCACCCCGCCGCUCCAGAGGAACGCCUUAAACAAUAUCAACGGAGGGGAGGCAGAGGCUGUGCCUCCUCCCAUUCAUCGCAACCUGAAGCCACAACGCAGAGGAGUCUCUGUCAGUCAGCCUGCAGAGAGGACGGAUGCUCAGACUGCUGGAGAGUCAAAAAACAAAACUAAAGUGAAACCAGCUCCUCUGGAUAUCCCCGCAGUGCAGCAGGACUGGCAGGAAGUCCCGCCCCCUGUCCGCUCACCCGUCACUCGCACCUUCACCCGGGAUCCAUCCACUCGUCAUUCAGUCCGACCAAACUCCACCCAGAGCUCCUCCCCCUCCUCUGACUCUGACGACCCUGAUGACAGCUACGUUGCCAUGACAACAUCCUCCGGCCUCAGUUUCAGCACAGGAGAGCCGUCUCUUAGACUAAUGCUGCAUCGAGCAUCAGAGGGCGGAGUCAGCAGCCCGCUGCUUUGGCGAGCAAGAGGCAACAAACAGGUGGAGUACCUCGAUCUGGACCUUCAUACCGGCCGAUCAGCAGCAUCAAAACAGAAACGUUCCACAGCUGAAGGCGAAAGCGGCGCCAGCGAGCAGCCCGGGGCAGGGGAGGAGCGUGCACGUGGUCAGCGUACACGUGUGGACUAUGUGGUGGUGGACCCCAAAAGGACGAAGGCCCUGAGGAGCACCAGAGAAGCAUGGCAUGGAGGGAGGAUGUCCAUAGAGAAGGAGAAAAGCUAGAAACAAGUCUAAACUCGCACAACAGUGAAGUUUAAAAAACUUUAAAUCAGCACUGAGGAGGUUAGAGGACGACACUGCUGCCCUUUACUGGUUUGUGAAGUGAUUCAUUCAUGAGAGCCAAAAUUGCUGGUGUUCAGAUGAAUUAUUAGCCAUAUUUGUGUUACUAGUAGAAGAUAAUUCCUCAUUGUCCUUGCAAAGAACAGCUCUGCUGUAUGAGUGCUCAGCUAAACAAAAAUAGUGUUAGAAGUGAAGAAUGUAGCAUCAGCUCAGCUUUUCUUCACAGGAUAAGUCUCAAACUUUUAGUGUAAACUACUGAAUUGUUCACCAAAUCACAGUGAAGCUUUACCAACAAUAAAAUCCCUUAAAGUUAAACUUGACCUUGAAUAAACUUUGAAUAAACCACUGUUAAUUCAAGAAGAGCCGAGUUAGAUUUUAGGACAAGUGGAACAGUUAUGUUAAAAGCUGGGCUACUCUAUGCUACAUCUCAGGCAUCUUAAGUAGAACCUUUACAGGUGAAGUUGUUGCGUAGAAAGGAGUAUGUGCGGCCAAGAAGGAAAGCAUGAAGGCUUAACAGAGGAGAAUAACCUUGCACCAGCAUGGUCCAGAAGGAAAGGAGGAAAGUAAAGUAAAAACAGAGCUAAUUCUUGCCUAAUUUUCCAGUCGCACAGGUGACUUUGGAAUCAGUCUGAAGCGUGUCACUAGUCGGAUUUCAGGCUGGAGAAUUCUGGUUGUAUCCUGUAAAGCCUCAUUUAUGCUCUAUGCACGAAAAAACUCAAUCUGUACCAUUUACACUUAGCCCUUAUGCUGACUUACUUUUAUGGUGUUGGAGUGGACAUUGAAAAACAAAUCCACUAGAGGUCGCUGUCUCUUACUGAGCUACUUUGAUUCUGCUCCGUCCGUCCCAUAAGGGUUUUAAUUUCCACCAUAGCUUCUGGCUGUGCCGACCCAAACCAAGCUGUGCUGAUUUACUUUUCCGUCACUGGUUUGGCUGCCACUCUCCUGCACGUUCUCUACUCCACUGAUUCUCAACUGGUGGGUCAAUACCCAAAAGUGGGUCGCAGAGCAGUUUUCAGUGGGUCGUGACUAGGUGUCUGAAAAAAAAUGGUGGCAAAAGUCCCAAAGUCCUUGUUGGACAUGCAGGGAUACCUUUUAUUUCACUGUUUUACUGUGAAACUGGGUCAAUUUAAAUGUUUGAUCAAUAUUUCAACUAAUUUGCCUCUUCUUCUUGCGAUAAAUGGCUACUUUCCCCAUGAUAAUGAAGUAAUUUCACAAGUUCUCUGGAAAAUAGGAAAAAUGUAUACAUAAUGAUGGGGAAAGGGUGUGUAAAAUUAGUCAGUUUUGUCCCUUUUCUUCCAAUCAUGCUUCAAAUUGCAACAUAUUCAAUUAAAUAAAUGUGUGUUGUUGAACAUUUUUGGAAACUUGGGUUGCGAUCUGUUUUAAGACGGACUGGUAGGUCCUGAGGCCGGACCAGUUAAGAACCACUGCUCUAGUUCAUCACCUCUACCCCAAUUGACCCUUAACCUGAGUUUUAACUACAUUUCAGUAAAGCCACAGAAAAAAACAGAACUUCAGAUGCUUUUCUUUGGCGGUCUGCAAGCUGGAUGUCCAAGUGCAUGGUGCGGGAAAUGUGAUUGGUUCGUGGCAUCCUUGCAAAGCAGAUGGAUACGCCCAUUUCCUUGUUUUUCACUGGCGAAUCCAUCUUGCAAAGCUCCCAUCUGAACCGUUUGGGUCCGGUUAGAAAGUGACAGGACCAAUCAGUGAUGAG